AUGGAAGAACAAAUAGCAAGUUGUGCUGCCUUGUGGUCUACAGAAAAUGAAAAGACUGUAAUUGCCAUUUUCAAGAGAGGAAAGACUGGACAGACGCUUAAAAGAGAACACUACCACAUCUUGCAAACUUUUCAGAUUGCCUCCUUUGGUGAAAUAGAAACAGUUGAAAAGAAGAAUGGAAAAUAUAUGGCAACUAAAGAAUCAGUCACAGGAAUUAUCCAACAAGCCCACAUUAACACCGACCAUGGUGGCGAAAAGAAGACUUACAAGGAGGUGUGUGAACAAUAUGGAAAUAUUCCAAGAUCAAUUGUGUCACUAUAUAUCGUGCAUUGUGAGUGCUGUGUUGAAAAGCGUCGCAGAAAAGAAACGGCAGCAGGAGUUGUAGUCAGACCACUGUCCGUAAGAGAUCUCAAUGAAAGAGGACAAGUAGAUCUGGUCGACAUGCAAACUAUGAAGGAUGGAAGUUAUCGCUUUAUUCUGCACUAUAUGGAGUAUCUAACGAAGUUUCAUGUGAUUCGUCCCCUGAAAUCAAAGACAGCAGCUGAUGUUGCCAAUGAACUUCUUUUCAUCUUCUUGGAUAUAGGUGCACCACACAUCCUUCAGUCUGACAAUGGACGUGAAUUUACAGCUGAAGUGAUCCAAGAACUUGCCUCACUAUGGCCUGAACUCAUCUUAGUAAAUGGGCGUCCUCGGCAUCCCCAGAGUCAGGGAUCUAUUGAAAGAGGUAAUGGGGAUAUGAAACUCAAGCUCAUGGCAUGGAUAAGAGACAAUAUUUGUGCUAAAUGGAGUUAUGGUGUCCGUUUUGUUCAGUGGGCCAUGAACAGUUCAUAUCAUGAGGCAAUCAAGAUGACUCCCUAUCAAGCGCUCACUGGCAACAAGCCAAGAUGUGGUCUUAAGUCAAAUUUACCAGAUGCAUUCAUCAGCAAAAUAACGUCUGGUAUUGAAGAAGAACUUGGAAGGCUUAUAAAAGUUCCACUUACCGGAGAUUCAGCUCGGGAUGACCCAAUAUCCAAUUGCAGACUCUCAGCAGCAACCUGCCAUGGAACAAGAAAAUAUCUCAACCGAAGUACUGCAUCCAGCAAAACAGGCAAGAAAGGAAGCUGA